AUGGAUCGGAUUGAACAAAAACUCUCUGCAACGAAGAAGCCUCAACAGGUUCGAUCUAGAAACCAACAGAGACCGACGACAACAACCAAAACAACAUUAAAACGGAAUCCUUCCCCAGAAAACUGCAAAUUGAAGAUUGGAAAUAUCUGCUAUUUUUUUGUGAUAUCAGUAGGAGAAGAUGUCAUCUACGACAUAGCAGUUGAUAGUUGUGAGAAACGUAACGCAGAUGUUGGUUUGAUUCGGGAUAAAGAAUCCUACAAUGCGAUUAUGAAAUACUUGGGGAAGGGAGAGAUGGGGAAAUUUAUAUGGACGGGAAUCCGUAUUGAUCCAAUGACCCGUGACGUCACACCCGCAGAUUCAUUCAUAAAAUGGUAUACAGGUUCUCCACUUACUGGAAUUGAAUAUAUAUAUCGCACAAAUGUUUAUCUGAAUAUUAAUUACAAUCAUAGAUUGCGAGGAAUGGGAAAUGCUCCUCCUACACGGGAAAUGAAUGGAGUUAUUUGUGAGAUCCAGAUCUAAUAAACGUCUGCCUGGUUGUAUUCUGUUCCUCGGAAUCUAUCAUAUAUUUUAAAUCAUUGAUUCCUAGUUUGAAAUCCAUACAUUUUGAUUAAAUUGCUGUCGAAAAUUAACACUUUGAACAGUCACUUGUCUGUUAGAUUAUUCUGUCUUUGUCGUUCAACUUUUUUAAAUUAUGAAGGUAUAGAUGUGAA